CAGAGACUUGUCACCUCAAUCCAAUAAAAAUUGUCAGAAAACUCGCAGUUUGUUUUGUAAAAUUUGGAUUAAUUUUGCUGGAUUUUCAGGUAGAAAAUCAAGUGAUUGUAAUUGUGAUUAAGCAGAAAGCCACCUCCAAGACAUGGCUUGGCGCUCAAUAGGGAAGGACAAUGCAGAUUUGGUGAGAAAAUUGAGAGAAUUCAAUAUCAUAUCUGGGGAUUUGGUGGAGAAGGCCAUGGUGGACACAGACAGGAAGUUCUAUUGUCCCAACAAUCCCUACAUGGAUGCACCUCAAGGGAUAGGCUGUGGAGUGACAAUUUCUGCUCCUCAUAUGCAUGCGUAUGCCCUUGAACUACUAAAAGACCACAUACGUCCAGGCGGAAGGGUCCUGGAUGUAGGAUCGGGAUCGGGCUACUUGACCGCCUGCUUUGCACGCUACAUGAAAGCUGUGGGCGACCAAGGAACGGGUUUGGUCGUGGGAAUUGAACAUCAGCCCAAACUGGUGGAGCUGUCGCAGAAAAAUAUCCGAAGCGAUGAUCCGAAUCUCCUAGAAUCGGGCACCAUAAAAAUUGUCCAGGGCGACGGACGUUUGGGUUGUUCUGAGCACGCUCCUUAUGAUGCGAUUCACGUGGGAGCUGCUGCUCCAGAAACCCCAACGGAAUUGAUUACGCAGCUGAACAAGGGCGGGCGCCUGGUGGUGCCAGUUGGACCAGCCCUAGGUAGUCAAUAUUUGGAACAAUACGACAAGGAUGCCACUGGAACAGUCACCAGUACGAGAUUGAUGGGAGUGAUGUACGUUCCACUGACAGACCUCAAGACACCCUGACUCUUUUGUCUCCUGAAAUUGAUUGUGGUCUUCGUGUUGACGUCCUUUGUUGUCUAUAAAAUCUAUCGGGUACUCUAGGGUCUCUAUUCCCAAAGAGGCAUCCUCUUUAUAAUAAGAAAUUAUAAUAUUUAUUUAACAAUUGACUAUCACAAUUUCACCAAA